AUGGCAGAACACACCAAACACCCAGAGCCAACACCCAGACCAGCCUCAAUCUUCAGCGAAGCACCAGAGGUCGUCUCCGCAGAGCAUCAACACAAAGGCCCUGUGAGCCCCUGUUCCAAAACCUAUUUACCAGCCGGCCAGUCCCUCAUAUCCACCCUGUACUCCAGCCACACCCCACCCACAAUACAUGGCCCCCCAGAAAAACAAUACCCAGACCAGCCUGACUCACUUGGCCAAACACAGGCCCACGACGCGUUGACACCAAUCUCUGCUCUACCCGAGAAGGCAUACCAAGACCAGGCCCUGUCCCCGUACUCUCAGACACAAGCACACCUCCAGGGCUGCCCGCAGCAGUUCUAUGCGCCUUCUGGUCAUCCUAGUGGAUAUGCUACGGUCGUACCGCUGCACUGUGUCCAGUCUGCGCCGUGUCCGGUUGAUUGUCCUGUUUGUGGAAAGCGGGAGAUGACUAGUGUUGAGUUUGUUAAUGGUGGAACUACGCAUGGCUGGGCUGCUAUUCUUUGCAUGUGUUUCUGUCUCGGCUGUAUCCCUUACUUGAUGUCCUCGCUGAAGGAUGCUGAGCAUUCUUGUGGGAAGUGUGGUACUAAGCUUGCAAGAUGGCAUAAAAGUGGGCGUGUGAAUGUUUUGCAGACUGGGGCGAGGAAGUGA